GUGGCGACUAGAAGUUAGGUUCGCGGAGGCGGCGCGGCCGCGGGCGACUGGGUGGCGCGCCGAGGAGCGCACGCGGCGCGCUUAGUCGUCCCACUUGUCGCCGUUCGCCUGGUCGAUGACGUACGCCGCGACGUCGCCAAUCUCCUCGUCCGAGAGGCGGCCGCCGAACGCCGGCAUGGCGUUCUUGCCGUUCGUCACCUGGGUGACGACGGACGACUCCUUGCGACCGCCGGCCAAGUACUUGUCAAGCGCGUCCUUGCGGAGGGUCUUCUCGGCGGCGAUGACGUUGUUGCCGCCCGCGUGGCACGCGGCGCAGUUGCCCGCGAACAGCGUCUCGCCCGACUCGAUGUCGCCGGCGAAGGCCGCGAAGGGCGCGAGGAGCGCGCCGGCCGCGAGCGUGGCCGCGGCGACCUCCUUGUGGGCCUCAAGCUUGACCGACGCGGCCUGCUGCGCCUGGGGCGCGAAGGCGACGGCCGGGGCGGCGAGGAGCGCGAUGGAGAGCUUCAUGGCUAUAUGUGCCUGCGCGGGACGGUCGGGUCAGCUGCCGCUCAGGGGUCAGAACUACGGAAAACGACGUCGCGCCGUCCGCACGCGCCGAACCGAUUUUGGGGGUCACUUUGGACCGCGCGCAGCGAGGGGGCGGCCAAGGCGACUUAACCGCUGCUCGGCGGCCGCGCGUCGCCGCCCGGGGCGGCGUUUUAGGCCUCUCAAAGAGGCAGCGCUCUGAUCGCUUCUAUUUGGCCCGCUGGCGGCGCUGGAGAGCAGCGCUCGCCCUCGUGGCUUGGGAGCAGCCGUAGAAGGCCGCAGGAGACCAAAAAGACACCGGAGACGGGCAGUGGGUAGCGCAAAAACUGAGGUCGAUCUGAUGCCAAGUCCUGCAAGCCGAUG